AAGACAAUAACCCUCACUGGUACUGCCGGAAUGGAGGGACCUGGGAGAAAGAAAAAUGCAAAUGCCCAAAUGGAUGGGCAGGAGAAAGGUGUGAGAAAGUUAAUUUCUGUAGGAGCAGCAUUUACAGUGGGUUCAACUUUACCAGAAUUCCUGCAGGCACCACUGGUUAUUCCAAUGAAAUCUGUGAGAAAGGUACAGCAAAUGAGGGAACCUCAAAGGCAAUCCGGACAUGUGUCAUCACUAAUAAUGGAAUGCUUACAUUAGGGAAUGUUUCGAUACUGGACUGCAGUCAGAAUCUGUCAUUGCUGGAAAUCGAGUCACUGAAGAAGGAAAACUUCACAAAACAGUCUCAGAGUAUUUCCAGUAACGCUCAGAUCCUAACCUCUGACCCAUCUCAAUUGACUCCGGAAGAAGUCAAAAGUGCUACUGUAAUUGUGGAGCAGAUGUUUGAUACAUCCCAAAAUGCCACAGCAGAGGCCAAAGAAACUGCAGUGAAAACAGUGAGCCAGCUACUAAGUGUCAGUGAAACCUCACUUGAGAGAUCUGCAAUUGAAAACUUCACAGCCCUGCUUGAGGGCCUGAAGAACUAUUCCUUGGAGCUGGGGAAAGCUGAAGCAAUAGUGGAGCCCAAUAUUGCUGUUCAGUCUGUUAAUUUAUCCCAAAAUGGCUCUACUGAGAUUUCAACAGUUCUUUUAAGUGUACGGCAAGAGCCUGGUACCGGCUUUCUGCCAAACACAUCUAUCAAUACGACCGUAAACUCAAUCAUUCCCAAUGACGACGUGGAGCUCCAGAUAUUAAUCAAUGUCAGUUCAGGAAAUAAAAGCGGGAGCCCAAAAGUCGGUUUUGUUGUAUAUGAAAAUGACAAACUUUUCCAUGCAAGCAUGCUCCCCAAAGAGCUAAAUUACGUCAAAAGAGUUAUAUCAGCCACAGGUGGUACUCUAAAUGCGACUGUUGAAAUGCUCAUCAAACCACAAUUCAAUAAUGUGAGUUUUCAGCUACAUCAUUAUACCUGUGUCUUUUGGAACUUGACAACGAACUCAUGGGAUACUAGAGGCUGUGUAAAGCAGUCGUGUACCACGGGAUUCCUGAAGUGUUAUUGUAACCACACUACCAACUUCGCUGUGUUGAUGAAUUUCAAGAAGAGAUACGAGUACUUUAAAUCUCUGGAUACACUGUCUAAAAUUGGUAGUGGACUGUCCAUUUGCAGCCUGAUCUUGACAAUCUUAUUCCAAGUCGCCACCAGGAAAACCAGGAAGACCUCUGUAACCUGGGUAUUUGUGAGCCUCUGCACAUCUAUGCUGAUUUUCAACUUGCUCUUUGUCAGCGGAAUAGAAAACUCAAACAAAAAUGAAAAUAAAACUGAGGAUAAUAAUAUGGAUGGAUCCAUUUACAGAAACAAACACUGUAAUGAGACACAGGAUGUAGUACAAACUCCCGAAAAUGCUGUUUGCACAGUAAUAGCUGCCUUUUUGCACUAUUUUCUGCUGGUCACAUUUACGUGGACUGGACUCAAUGCUGUGCAACUGUACUUUCUCCUGCUUAGAGCCAUAAAGCCUCUCCCCUCCCACUUCACUCUAAUCUUGUCUCUUGUUGGAUGGGGAGCUCCAGCUGUUGUGGUGGCCAUCACACUGGGAGUUGCCUACAGCGGUAAUAAUGGGGGAGCCUUGUGGUAUAGGAAAGAAGAACUCUGCUGGCUUGCCGGUUCAGAGGAUGGGCCUCCAGAAGAAAGUAAUCGUCUUGGAAUAAGGAACCCAAUGCUGUGGUCAUUCAUUGUUCCUGUGACCCUCAUCCUCAUCAGUAAUGCUGUCAUCUUUAUCAUCAUCACAGUCAAUGUACUCUGGAAGGAAAACCAGAACCUGACAAAAAACAAAAAGAUUUCAGCCAUGAAGAAGACUCUAAGUACAUUAUCAAUUGCUGUGGUUUUUGGAUUGACUUGGAUCCUAGGUUACUUGAUGAUGCUGGGUGAUAAAAACAUGCAGUAUAUCUUCAGCUUUGCAUUUUGCUUUUUAAACAGCACCCAGGGUUUGCAAAUUUUUAUUUUCUACGCUGUUCGAACCAAAAUAUUCCAGGACAAAGCAUCUGAACUGUUCAAGUCAAUGUCUGAAUCUACUGCAAAGCUGAGGUCAAUGUCAAGAGAUAACCCAAUUCCUCUGCAUGUGAAGAUGUAUAAUAUGCUCAAACCAUUUCCAGCAAGAAAAGAACACUUUAGAAUGUUUGAACCUUCCACAGAGGAGGUGAACCUGACUGAAAGUAACCAAAGUUUCUCAACUAGAUAAAGUUGUAAAAUUGGAUUUUGUCAUAUAUUCUUAUCUAGACACAAAUCAUCUUGAAAUGAUAUAAUUCCUCCCCAUCUCUUCAAGCAGCUCUCUUGCUGCUCGGGGUUGUAAUUUUCUGUCGAAACGAAGUGUAGUUCCAGCCAUAUUCAGUGCACGGUUCAGUCAGCGUGAACAUGGUCAAGACAGUUUGUAAGUGGUCGCUGUGAGCUGCCCGUGAAGAAAUGACUCAGAGUUCACCGUGAUGAGUUACACUGUUUGACUGUUGGACAUAUCUGAGGCUGGUCUCUUCCUAACUUAACUUUAAGUGUUGGCCAGACUGAUGUAGUCUGUGGAGAACUGGUUUGGCCCAAGCCCACGGCAGCUCCAAGGAUGCCCCAAACACUCCCUAGGCUAAACCAUAUUCCCACCUGGGACCAGGUCAGUCUGCUUUAGCUAAAGCCAAUCAGAGUGGAUUUCCCACACCCUCAUUUGUCUGGGCUCUAACAGAGCUGAACUAUCGGAAUUCAACCUUCCCUGCCUGUCAGCCUCACUCCUCCCAUCCUCCCACUCCAUCCCCACCUCUAUCACUUUCUACCUUUCCUCUCAACUACCCUGCUCUCUUCCACUUCCCCCUCUCAUAGCCGAGUUCACUACUACCACUUUAAGCGAGGAGAUUCGUUUCCUUUACGAUCAUGUUGGAUAAAUUUGGUGAGGCGAUGACCACUAGCCAUAAAGUAAAUCCAACUUAAAGAAGUCUCUGUGGCCACCCUCUGGUGUUCCCAACUGGACACGAUAGCUGAUUUUAAGAAAAACAUCGAUGUAGCCUAUUUAGUCAUUGGUAAUCAAAGAAAGCACCUUAGCCAAACCCUUUUAUGGAACAACAAUGACCAGGAGUUUCCUCUCAGAGCAAAACUGCUUUCAGCAGGCACUCCUCAGCUUGAUUGCUAUCAUAGAGUUUGUGCUUCAUGUUGUUUUUACAUUUGAUUUAUUCCCAAUAAAAUGUUUGCAACACACUG